GCACCCCAGCGGCCCAGCCGUCGCCGCGUGCGAGUCCCCCAGCUCCGGGCUCCGGCCACCUUCUCGAGCACCGCUCGCCCGGAGAAUAAUCCCGCCGCAGACGCCGACGCCGCCAUUAGCUUGAUGAAUCAAAAACAAGGAGAGAGCGACGAGGACGCCCCGCGCUGCCCCACGCCCCGUGGGUUCGUCCUCGGGCGCUGCUCCCUGUGCGGAGCGAUGGAUGAGGGCGCGGAAGGAGCUGCUCCCGCAGUCGCUGUUGGGCACGAGACGUUGAGGCAAGGAGGAGACGGAGGUGAAGACGGCGUCGGCGACAGCGAUGACUACGCUGCAAGCUGCCCCCCGCACCCUCGGUUCGUCCACGGGCUCUGCUCACGGUGCGGGGCGGAGAAGGAAGAGGAGGAUGGAGGAGUUGCUCCCCCCCCCGGAGUCGCCGUUGGUCACGAGACGAUGAGGCAAGGAGGAGACCGAGACGGCGACUACUACGCUGCGAGUUGCCCCCCGCACCCUGGGUUCGUCCAUGGGGUCUGGGAGGCGGCUGGAGGAGAUGCUCUCCCCGGAGUUGCCGUUGGGUACGAUGUGACGAAUCAAGGAAGAGGAGACGAGGACGAUAACAGCGACGAAGACGAAGACGACGACACUGACACUGUCGUCGAGUACAUCCACGGCGAGGGCCCGGUGCUGCCAGUGCCAGCCAUAGAGGAGGCGAUGAGCAUUGUCAGCGCGUCCGACAGGGCGACCCUCAUGCGCGAGAGGAAGCUGAUCCUCAUCCUGGACCUGGACCACACGCUGCUCAACUCCACGAGUCUAUACGACCUCUCCCCCGUCGAGCAAGCCAAGGGGUUUACGCCCUACACAUUUGGAGACACCAGCAUCGACCUCUUCCGAGUGGACAUCGACAACCUCAGCAUGCUCGUCAAGCUUGGGGCGUUCGCACGGGGCUUCCUCAAGCAGGCGAACGCCUUAUUCGAGAUGCACGUGUACACCCUGGGCAUCCGAGCCUACGCGAGGGCGGCCGUCCGGCUGCUGGACCCGAACGGCAUCUACUUCGGCGGCAGGAUCGUGUCCAGAAACGAGUCGACGAAGGAGAACACGAAGAGCCUCGACGUCAUCCAGGGCGCCGAUCCCGCCAUGGUGGUGAUCCUCGAUGACACGGACGGUGUCUGGCCGGGGUACCCGGAUAACCUCAUCCUCAUGGACAGGUACCGCUACUUCGCCUCCACCUGCCGCACAUUCGACUACGACAUCCCGUCCCUGGCGGAGCAGGGCUUGGAAGAGAGGGAGCACGACGGCUCGCUGGCCGUGGUGCUGGGCGCCCUGCAGCGCAUCCACCAGGGUUUCUUCGACGGCCACCGCGCGGACGUCAGGGAGGUGAUCGCGAAGGUGCGGAGCCAGGUUUGUUGAGGUUUGGUUGUUGGCAUCCAGUAAUAUCCAAGCAGAUUCUGCGUGCGAGCGUAUAUUCUAGUUCAGAUUGUUGAGGUUUCAGCUGAACUUGUAUUCAGUUACUUUCAGAUGUGGACCGCAGCGCAGCACCGAGUUUGAAACUAUAUAUGAAAUCAUGUCUUGAUGUUUGAUAAAUAAAAUGCAUCAACGGUCCACGAAGGAAAUUCCACGGCGGAGCAGCAGCACGCCUCGCCGGCACCCGACACCAAGCACGGCAGGCAGGGUGACGUGCUCCCAAGUCCCCAACCCAUUCCGUGAGCUCGUGGUCUGCACAUGAGCCAAACUUUGGGUACCGCCAAGCAUCGUCAUGCCUCACGCCAGCCACCCACCGGGGCACGUCAACGUCCCCCUGACGACAAAGACGAAAUUGACAGUUUCCUUUAUCAUUGGCAGCGCUGUUUGGGCAGCAGCUGCAGCAGCAAAAUCUUCAGGCAUACAGUAGGCAGCCAGCAGCUGCAGCUGCUGCAGAAUUAGCACAGCCUAUAGAUCUGUACUGUACAAUAAUAUAAUACUAAUAUAUUCACUAAUUUUACU